AUGGGAAGACUCCUUCUGUGCGAACCGAUCACAAGGCAUUUGGUGGAGGAUGUUUUCCAAGAUAAUGUUGCUUAUGUUGUUAAUAAUGGGUCCUGUUUGUUUUGGUGGGAUAAUUGGUCAGGGAAGGCUGGCAGCCCGUACGAGCGUAUGAUAACCUUGUGUUUGAAACUCCAUUCCUGGCUUCAGGGUACCCUCAGUGGUAGGAGAGGCUCGGUAGGGCUCGGUAGAAAGCGAAGAUGGAGAACAUGGAGGUGUCCAGACGCCACCGCAAAUGCAAACUCAAGCUCCCAUCAAAAUGAGUCGGACCCCGACGCGACAUCAAAGAGACAUGAACGAAGGAAAAAGAAACUCCAGUUGGAGAAGGGAUCGUCUUCCGAGGGUGUGCGAGCGAAGCAUGAACAGAAAGUUUCAAGGAAAAGGAAAAUGAAAAUGAAACUGAGACUGUCUGAGGGGUACAAAGAGAUGGUUUAUCGCAAAAUCUCAAGGAGAAGGAAAAUCAGACCACUGCUGCAAUGCCCUCAUGCGGGAUUCGGAAUCCUAAAGGAAGGUGCAUUAGAGAUGCCAAGGAAAAGGCAAAUCGAAUUCCUAGAAUGCCUCAUGAAGGAAGGAAAGGCAAACCCUAUGUCUUCCGAAGGCAUUGAGUUUCACCUUCUGAAAAUGGUGAAAGAAGACGGUAAAUUCAUUCCACCGAUUUCAAGCUUAGAGCCAGGAGCAUAUCAUCACAUCUUCUUGAAGGCUGUGCCUGAAAAUGUUGAAUGUGCUGCCGACUUGUCCCCACAAUUGUUUUUCGCUGAGAUUUUUCUCUCUGGUGUGGAACUUCAUCCCACUCAUUGUUUUAUCAUUAAAACUAAUGAUGAUCGUGGUUAUGCUCCUAAUAUCCUUAUCUGCUUUUUAAUUCAUAAUAAUACAAUAUCAUCGAAAAAGGCAACAAAAAUACCUAGGAGAUCUCAUGAAGAAUGGAUUGGGGAACAGGUUGCUCUAUCUACUCGUGUGCUCCAGGGCAUUGAGUUUCACCUUCUGAAAAUGGUGAAAGAAGACGGUAAAUUCAUUCCACCGAUUUCAAGCUUAGAGCCAGGAGCAUAUCAUCACAUCUUCUUGAAGGCUGUGCCUGAAAAUGUUGAAUGUGCUGCCGACUUGUCCCCACAAUUGUUUUUCGCUGAGAUUUUUCUCUCUGGUGUGGAACUUCAUCCCACUCAUUGUUUUAUCAUUAAAACUAAUGAUGAUCGUGUCAAAAAAAGAAAACUUGGUUGUGGCAUAUGUCCUGAUGAUGAAGAUUUUCCACACCCAACUACUGGAUUUAUUGCUGGCCAUUUUCCAUACGUUGAAAAAGCGAAGAUGGAGAACAUGGAGGUGUCUAGACGCCAUCGCAAAAGCAAACUCAAGCUCCCAUCAAAAUCUGAGUCGGACCUCGACGCGACAUCAAAGAGACAUGAACGAAGGAAAAAGAAACUCCGGUUGGAGAAGCGACCCUCUUCCGAGGGUGUGCGAGCGAAGCAUGAACGGAAAGUUUCAAGGAGAAGGAAAAUCAGGCCAGAACUGCAAUGCUCUCAUGAGGGAAUCGGAAUCGUACUAGAAGAUGCAUUAGAGAUCUCAUGGAAAAGGCAAGCCGAAUACCUACAUUGUCUCAUGAAGGAUGGAAAGUCAGACCCUAAAGCAACAUUCCAUCCUUGGUCUUGUCUGGCAGAAGUUGCUUUAGUGCAUUAUCACAAGGAACAGGGCAUUGAGCUUGACCUUCUGAAAAUGGUGAAAGAAUAUGGUAAACUCAUUCCACCGAGUUCAAGCUUAGAACCAGGAGCAUAUCAUCACAUCUUCUUCAAGGCUGUGCCCAAAAAUGUUGAUUGUGCCGACUUGUCCCCACAAUUGUUUUUCGCUGAGAUUUUUGACUGUGGUGUGAAACUUCACCCCACUCAUUGUUUCGUCAUUAAACCUAAUGAUGAUCAUGUCCAAAAAAGAAGACUUGGUUGUGGCAUUUGUCCUGAUGAUGAAGAAUUUCCACACCCAAGUACUGGAUUUAUUGCUGGCCAUUUUCCAUACGUUGAAGUUUAACCUAUGAGGGAAUAUUAGCUAUAUUAGAAUUAUCAUCCUAUGUAGUAACUGAAUUGUUAUUAAUCUGCUACGAUUGACUGUUACAUGUAGUAUGUCAAUAAUAUCUAACCAUCAAUCAGCACCAACUAUGAAGCUAAACAUACGGAAGUGCUUCACUUUUUCGAAUCGAAACAAUGAAUUAGGGAAAGAUAAUUUAUUUAUUUAUUUUUUGUUUUGUAGUGUUACAAUUUUUUCAACGACAAUAUUAUAAAAAAUAGAUAAAAUUAGUGAGUCUGAAUGCAUAUCUUCUCGGAA